UUUUGUUGUUGAUGAUGAUUAUUGAUGGGACUGGAGAAGCACUGGAAAAAGGUAAGAAGAAGGAAGGAAAGCAGUCAGAAAACCACUGUCGUAACUCAGGACUUUUAUAGCCAUGGCUUCGGAGGCAGAGCUGUGGGUAAUUCUGUGUCCAGGCCCUUAUAUCGGUAGCGACUUAGACCUUGGAGGCUUACCCAGCUGGUUACUCCGGGACCCAAAAAUGAAGCUGCGAACAACUUACAGAGGCUUCACUAAAGCAGUGAAUCACUAUUUUGAUAAGAUAAUUCCCAUGGUAGUACAACUCCAGUAUGGAAAGGGAGGCCCCAUCAUUGCUGUGCAGGUUGAGAAUGAAUAUGGUUCAUAUCAUCGGGAUAAUCGUUACAUGUCUUAUAUUAAAAAGGCUCUGAUCACAAGAGGAAUCAAGGUGCUGCUUAUGACCGCUGAUAAUGGAGAUGAACUGACAAGAGGCCACUUAAAACGGGUACUUUCCACUGUCCACAUGAAAAAUAUAAAGAAAGAAACUUAUGAUACACUCUUAUCAAUUCAGGGUCGUAGCCCUAUAAUGAUGACGGUGUAUACAGCAAGUUCUUUGGAUGGAUGGGGCACUGCCCCCCAUUCUGUGAAUUCACAUUUGUUAAUGAGAGAUGUGCAUGAAAUGUUCAAUGCUAGUUUCUCCCUCAACUUCUAUAUGUUCCAUGGUGGCACCAACUUUGGCUUUAUGGGUGGAUCUGCAUCUUUGGACCAGUACCUCCCUAUGGUCACAAGCUAUGGGAUUCACAAGCCUCCCAACCUAGAUUCUAUACCUAUGGCUGUAUAUAAGUCAGUGAUAACAGAAUACUACAUGUCACUGUGGGAUGUCAUGCCCUACUUGGAGGAGCCCAUCAGCUCUGUCAAGCCGAUUUGCAUGGAGGAGCUAUCUGUGAACCAGGGGAAUGGUCAGUCUUAUGGAUACAUACUUUAUGAGACUGUGAUCACCACCAGUGGCCUCCUUACCACAAAGAAUCAUGUUCAAGACCGAGGUCAGGUGUUUUUGGAUGAGAACUUUUUAGGCAUCUUCGACCGUUCUACUGAUCAGCUUACUAUUCCCAAGAAAAUGGUCUACAACGAUAACCCAACACUGAGGAUCCUGGUGGAGAAUCAAGGCCGCCUUGCCUAUGGGCAGGACAUCAAUAAGGAGAGAAAAGGUUUAAUUGGGGAUAUCUACUUGAACAAAUCUCCUUUAAGAAAUUUUAAAAUCCAUAGCCUGGAUAUGAAAACUAAAUUUAUACAAAGGGACCUUCCUAACAUCUGGAAACCAGCUGUAUUCAAACAUCGGGGCCCUGCCUUCUUCCUUGGUAUCCUGAGAAUUGGUAAUGACCCCAGAGACACCUUCAUAAAAAUGGAGGGCUGGACAAAAGGUGUAAUAUUCGUCAAUGGAAAGAAUCUGGGACGCUACUGGAAUAUAGGUCCCCAGGAGACUUUUUACCUUCCAGGACCCUGGCUUCGUCCUGGAUCAAAUGAGAUCAUUGUGUUUGAGGAGUUUAAACCUGGCCUGGAGAUCCAAUUCACAAACAUAUCUCGUCUAGGUAUGAUAUUCAGGAGGGUAAAUUUGCAGCAUCUGAGUCAAUCCUUCUGGGUCUUUCUAGCUGAGCUAGAGAUAAAGAAGUCAGAAUGUACUAUCUCCCAGGAACCUGAGCACUUCUUCACUGCCUUUGCUUGAUAGCUAGGUUUUCUCUUUUACCUUGUAUAGCUAUACUCAUCACCUCCCAUUUCCAAGUGACCUGACUAGCUUACUCCUCUAACAGACUUAACCCAACUCCCUUAGGGCCUCCCUUCCUUCCAGAUGUUUCCAGUGUGCUCUCUGGAUCCCUCCCUCAUUGUAAACCAAGGUCCCAACAUUUUUCACUUCUUGCCUUUUCUGAAAUAUGCUUCCUACUGCUCUCUCUUGUGCUGCCAUGUAUGGUCAUUCCUAGGCACUUUUCCUGGUGCCAUUUGUCAGGUUGCCAAAGGGAGGACUGCAUGGCCCAGUCACCACAGGUGAGACGGUUGCAGAGUGUCUGUGCCUGCCCAUUUGUGUCUUAUGCCCAGCUUUCCUGAUCCUUAUGUUGGUAGCAGGAUCCAGAGGUCUUUUUGGAGAAUCACCCUUGUUCCCUUCAUUAGAGACUUUGUGGGACUAAUAAUCACACUGCCCUUUCUUCUAACCUGCAAGUGUCCUUCCCUGCCAGGGGUGGGCAUGUGACAUACAGUAGAUUAAUCAGACUUUCUUUUCCAGGAUAUUGAAUCUUGAGUGUUGUGACAUAAUGUAUGAAAUUGAUUGAGAUGAAUCACUUCAACAGUGGGGCUGUGAGUAACCUACCCAUCCUGAUAACUCAGUUGCUGAAACUACCCUGGCUUCUCCACUUAUCCAGUCCCUGCUUUGGGCCUACCAUCCUCUUCCUAAUUUGCCAGUAUGUUCCUCUUUUGGCAUAGGUUAGCUAACCUUUUUCUGAUGCUCAUUACAAAAUAGACCUACUUAGUGCAUACCCUUUAUCAUACUGCUACAAUAAAGGCUGUUUGACCACCAAAUAAAAUGCUGAAAAAAUGAGAUGCUCAGAAUACUUGAUCCCACAAAUGUAAAUUUGAAGCAAAAGUGAUCUUUUGAAGAAAUCAAAUAAAAUGUAAACAUUAAUGCA